CAUUGGCCGCCUCCGCACCACGUGACGAGCCCUCUUGACGUCACGGUGAGAAGAGGCAGCGGGGCUAAGCGGAGUGUGUGCUGCGGCUCAGGGAAAAAUCUUGGUAGAGUUUCGACCGAGAGCAGCCGGGAAAGUCCUGCUCCUGCCUGCAACCUGUUGCUCCCACGUUGUUGUCCUCCGAAACUUUUACUCGUCUGCACCGGUGACACGAGGUUAUGGAAUAUUAGAGAGACUUUAAACAGGAGCUUCCACAACGACUUUAAAGCGAGCAGUCUAAAUCGCCACUGCCCUCACAUCAACCACAGCCUCAACAGAAGCCAGAACCAUGGGCAAACAGAACAGCAAGCUCCGUCCUGACGUCAUGCAGGACCUGAUGGAGAACACGGACUUCACCGAGCAUGAGAUCACCGAGUGGUACAAGGGCUUCUUGCGGGACUGCCCCAGCGGCGCGCUCUCCAUGGAGGAGUUCAAGAAGAUCUACGCCAACUUCUUCCCUUACGGAGACGCCUCCAAGUUUGCCGAGCAUGUCUUCCGCACGUUUGAUGCCAAUGGAGAUGGGACUAUAGACUUCAGGGAGUUCAUCAUUGCCCUGAGUGUGACGUCACGUGGCCGGCUGGACCAAAAGCUGAAGUGGGCGUUCAGUAUGUACGACCUGGACGGGAAUGGAUACAUUAGCAAGGCAGAGAUGCUGGAGAUUGUAACGGCUAUUUACAAGAUGGUUUCCUCUGUGAUGAAGAUGCCUGAGGAUGAGUCCACGCCCGAGAAACGCACAGACAAGAUCUUUAGGCAGAUGGACACAAAUCGAGAUGGUAAACUGUCUCUUGAGGAGUUUGUUGAAGGAGCGAAGAACGAUCCCUCCAUCGUCCGGCUGCUUCAGUGUGACCCUAGCAGUGCUGGGCAGUAGAAAACUGGACUUUUUUCCAUCGCAGAUUUAAAUCAUUUAACAAAUUUUCAAAAUCUCUCCCAGCCGACCCGCCUGCGAUUGUCGACAUUUGAUCACAUGAGCUCUAGAGGCACAGGCACACACACACACACUCACAAAUGUAACUGUACAUAAUACAAAUACCAAAGCAUGUUGCGUAUAUAAUCUUUCAGACGCUCACACACACAUACCGUACGUGUGCCUCUACGCUUGGUCAAAAGCUGCAGACACCACGGGUCUCAUAAACGGUACAAAUAUAACCUAAAGGACAGAAUCCCAUCAAAGACUUGUUAAACACUGAGUCAAAGCUGCGUCUGAGAGGACGACCAGCGAGGAUAAAUCCAACUGAUUCGUGAGGUACAUUGAGCCGAAUCCAAGUUCGCUGUUUCUUUUUAUUCUUUUUUUGUUUUGUUUUGUUUUUUAAAACAUUGUUCCUUAUUUAAAAGGGAAUCAUGCUCGUUUUGUUCUCUUUAACUGACUCGGGUUGUUGUUUGACGACGGACAGAUCUCUACAAAGUAUUGCAGUCUAAGUUAACACUGGAUGAAAUGAAGUAUGUGAGUCUGUUCACAGCUUACAGUAUGGAUUCUAUAGACAGGAGAUCUGGGAACUUUAGUUUUAGAGAGGACUGAUGAUGUUUUA